AUGUGGUUCUUCGUUUUGCUGUCCAGUUUCGCCAUUAUACAUGCAACUUCACACUCCGACAAGCACUUUGAACCGUUCUCUGACGAACUGAUCCGUUAUGUAAAUGAAGAAUCCGGUGCCAGUUGGUCGGCAGCUCCGUCAAAACGAUUCAAGAAUGUGGCAGAGUUCAAACAACACUUGGGAGCUUUGUUCGAAACUCCAGAGCAACGGAACUCACGUCGGCCGACCGUUCACCACAAUGCCUUCAAUCGAGAUCUACCAAAGUCGUUUGAUGCACGAGAACAAUGGCCUCAAUGUCCGUCGAUCAAAGAGAUUCGAGAUCAGUCGAGUUGCGGAUCCUGUUGGGCGUUUGGGGCCACGGAGGCCAUGACCGAUCGGACGUGUAUCCACAGUAACGGUCAAUUAACGGCCGAUUUGAGCGCUCGUGAUCUGCUUAGUUGUUGCGGACACUGUGGACANGGAUGCCACGGAGGUUAUCCUCCAUUGGCUUGGGACUACUGGAAAAGCUACGGCAUUGUGACUGGCGGUUCACUGGAAAACCCGACCGGAUGUGAGCCCUAUCCAUUCCCCAAAUGCAGUCAUCAUGGUGCAUCUGGAACACUAAAGCCCUGCCCGAAGGAAAUCUUUCGAACUCCGUUCUGUGAAAGAAAAUGUCAGGCCGGUUAUAACAAAACGUACGAGCAGGACAAAGUUUACGGAGGUCACGCGAUUCGCUUACUCGGCUGGGGAGAGGAAAACGGUGAAAAGUACUGGUUGAUUGCGAAUUCGUGGAACGAAGAAUGGGGUGAGAACGGAUUUUUCCGCAUGCGACGAGGAGUCGACGAAUGUGGGAUCGAAUCCAUGGUUAGCGCAGGCAUGCCACGUGUGUGA